GCCGAUCUCCCGGCAUGCAUCAGUGGCCGUCGCCGUCCACGUCGCAAAUGUUUACGUUGAUUCGUGUUGUGUCAGCUGUAAAAAGAGUCGCGUCGCUGUUCCACACUCGAUGAUCUCCAGGCAUCUGCGAAUGCUGUCCGUCGUUCCGCCGCUAGUUUUAAACGAUGCAGUCUUCCUUGGAGUGCAAGCGGCCGCCUUUGAAAUGUGAAGUUCGGGCAACAUGAACACGGCCGUCAUCAUGAGGAAUUCGAAAGUCCGUACAUUUAUGUACGUGCUUUUAGGCUGCUGUAUGUUGUUCACGGUGUUCCUCUUGUCUUCCACGCACACCAAGUUAAAAGAUUCGCAGGAGUCGAACGACAAGUGCCAGCAGCAGAGGGACUCGCUGUCUGCCCAGCUACAAGUUGUUUACGAGCACAAAAGUCGUUUGGAAAAGACGCUACAACUGGAAACAACAGAUAGAAAAAAAGCCGAAGAUGCUGUAAAGACCGUCAGAGAUCAGGCCGAACGCGACCGGGCUGAUGCUCGAGAUAAGAUCAAGAGCUUGGAUAAGGAGCUGACCGAGCUGAAAGCUUCCCAAGCAGAGGAGUUCAAAAUCUCAAGACCAGCUUUGACACCCUUCAUCAGGAGAAAGAGAAAGUCGACAACGAGUUGGCCAACCAUGUCACUCUACUUCAGCAGGAGAGGGACUCCAAGGCAAAGUUAGCAAGGCAAUUGGAAGAGGUACUGCAGGCCAGGAAGACUGAAGGACAGUUGGAUCUGAUGCUUCAGAGACAACUUGAAACCUGCCGUGCUGAAACUACUCAGCUGUACGCAAGGCUGCAGCAGCAGCAGCAGCAGCAGAAUGUGGUUCAAUCUCAGCACGCAGUGGCAAGCGUAGGCAACAAGCAAAUUGCCAACAACGCUCCCGCUUUCUCGGCUGGUAAUGGACCUGUACACGCUGCUGCCCCGGCACCCUCGCUUACGCAAGGCGGCAGUGAUCAAAAGGCCAAUGCAAAGGAGGACAAAGGAGCUGGAAAAUUGGGUCCCCGAUAUCAGGUGUCUGGGGCAGAAAAUUGGCUGCCAAAGGUUGUUGAUGUGGAGUCAAGUAAUGGUUUGAGACCCAUCGCCAACAGUGCCAAGAAUCCAGUGCCAGCUGCGCAAGUAUUGGCACCUCUCAAUGACUUCGCCCUUCAGCAGGCUGCCAAAGCGAGCCCAGAAGUCUCCCAAGCCAAGGGCAAGAUGUCUUCCACGCCGGGAAGUGCUGUUCCGGAUGCCAUCCUGUCACCUCUUCAGCAGGAAGGCAAGGCCAACCAUGGAAACAAUGAACUGUCUGGGUUGCCAAAAAACCAAGGCCAGCAGCCUGUUGGCCAGAAACCUCCAGUUGUGUCACAGCCAGGAGUACCCCAAGUUGCUUUGCAGCCUUCAGCUCAAGUAGAGCCUUCGCAGAGGCCACCUGCUCAGCCUUUGGCACGGCCUGUCCCGCAGCCUGCAGUCCAGAAAGAGCAGAACUUUCUGCAUAAGCCUCUGCAGCAGCCGGCACCGCUCGGAGUAAAUGCAGAUCCCCUGUCCCAGAUCAAGGGUCAGCUUUCACAGCUGAAUGUGGACCAGCCUGCUGCCGCGGAGCAUGGUUUCAAGCCUGGUGAACAACCUCCUAUUGGAAACCAGGCACCUCCAGUCUUGCCAGCUCCCAGCAUUGCAAAAUCAUCGCCACCAGCAGCCGGGGUGGGUGCCAAGAACCAGGGUAUUGCACAACCUGGUUUGCCUGACAGCUUAGGGGAACUUCCGGACAAUAUGGCUGGCCUGGAAAAGAAGCCAGCAGGUGACAGGCUUGCGCCAGCCAAGGCAUCAGGUUCUCGAGGAGUAGCAGGAGGCAUAGCUGGGGCUUUCAAGAAAGCUGCAGAUGGCAUGGGCUUUGAGGAAGGAAACGAAAUGGAGCUUGGUGCAGAGAAGGUGCUGUCGAACAAAGGGCUGAACAAUGGUGAUGAUUUGCUGAUCGCUGGUCAAGUUGGAAAGGCACCACGAGUUAAGCUGGCCCGCCCCAACCAGCCGCAGCAGCAACUGGCUGCGGGAGGAAUUGGAGGUGGUGAAGAUGACAUGGACUAUGGCAAUGCUGUUGUCAAGAAAGAUGAUGCAGCAGAAGACCAAGAAGAUGAUGGUCCAUUUGGUGCAGAUUUGGGAAGAGGAAAACCAAUGCCAGAUGCUGCCGAUUUCGAUGACCAGGGCGCUGAGGCUGACCAACUCCAACAGCAGCAACCCAACAAUUUUCAUGAAGACGGCAUUGCAGCAAAUCCGAAGUAGUGGCACAGCUUUUUUUUUUCUUGGUCUGCAGUGGACUGAGUACAGACACCUUUGGAGCAUCAUAAUGAUUUGACUUUAUAUGUGGAACGAGCCAAACAGAACUAAGCAGUGUUUUGCAAGUUUGUCCUUGUGGUGGUAAGAGGGAAGCAUGUUUUCGAGUGCCCUUGUGAUGCGACAGAGAUUGGUUUCUCAACUGUUCACCACGAAAGAAGAGAGCGACGGUGAUUUCCAGAAGCCACAUUGUCUUCAGGAAGCCGGUGUGCACUGGAGCGGACAUUUUGAUGCCACCCAGUUUAAAUAUAGGCAUUUGUUUUUUGAGUCGGAUUUAUCAGCCCCACCAAUAUGCUUCCAUGCUGAAAUGUGGUGGAUUGCUGAAUGCAUUUCAUAGGUGUGGUUCCUUGCUUCUACAGUUUACUAGUUUACUUCUUUUGUUCCUUUUGAGUGUUGACUGAGAUUUUCCUAGGCAAAUGAACAGGAGCUCCUUGAGAGCAGUUGUAUGCAAUAACUGUGUGCUUGUUUGUCCCUUGUUGUGCUUGUUUGUUCCUUGUUCUCUUGUUCCUACAUAUGAGAUUUUCAUUAAAGGCUCUUUUCAGUCACAUGAAAA